GAAACCCAAAAGAGAAGAGAGAGAGAUGGCUGAAAACAUUUUUUAUGUUUUAUUAAAACAUAAAACCCAAUUUUCCCUCCCCUAAUAGUUUCAAUUCAAAAACAAAAAACAAAAAAACAAAAGCAAAAAAAACACUUUCAUUAAAAAAAAAAAAAAAAAACACUUUCAACUGUGAAGUCUCGUUGUUUAGUUUCCAAUCUUCAUGGCCUUUCACGUCGCCUGCCCAAUUACAUGCAAGCGCAUCUGCUAUUGUACCCUAGGGUAUCCCCACCAGCUGCAGAGCCUGAGGGCUAGGGCUCAGUUCGAGGAGGAGGUGGCUAGGGUUGAGGCGCUGCUGAAGGAUCCGUGGCUGAUUAGGGUUCCGGAGCGGUCGACGGUGCAGGUCGCCGUUCCCAAGGUUGUGGCACCGCCAGCGCCGGCGGUGGUGGCGGUGGUAGGCGAUGGAGUCGGAGGGGAGGGUGAGGAGAUGCUGCUGUCGGCGCAGACAAAGCGCGCCGCAAUGCAGCGGAAGGCGGCGGCCGUGUCGAUGGUGGCGGAGGAUUAUGCUAGGCGGUUCGAGUCCGGUGAUCUGGUGGACACCUCGAAAGAUAUUGUUGGUGAAGAGCAGAGUCAGUCCAACGUGAAUGUAAUGUGUCGAAUAUGCUUUUUUGGUGAAAUGGAAGGAAGCGAGAGGGCAAGGAAGAUGCUUCCAUGCAACAGUUGUGGCAAGAAGUAUCACCGGCUCUGCUUGAAAUCUUGGUCUCAGAAUAGAGAUCUAUUUCAUUGGAGUUCAUGGACUUGCCCCUCUUGUCGAAUUUGUGAGGUAUGCCGAAGAUCUGGAGAUCCAAAUAAGUUUAUGUUCUGCAGGAGAUGUGAUGAUGCUUACCAUUGUUACUGCCAGCAACCUCCACACAAGAAUGUCAGUAGUGGACCCUAUUUGUGCCCCAAACAUACAAGGUGUCAUAGCUGUGGAUCCAAUGUUCCAGGGAACGGCCUAAGUGUGAGGUGGUUCCUAGGAUACACUUGCUGUGAUGCCUGUGGAAGAUUGUUUGUGAAGGGGAACUACUGUCCUGUUUGUUUGAAGGUUUAUAGAGAUUCUGAAUCAACACCUAUGGUCUGCUGUGAUGUUUGCCAGCGCUGGGUGCACUGCCAAUGUGAUGGCAUCAGUGAUGAAAAAUACCUCCAAUUUCAAGUAGAUGGAAAUCUCCAGUACAAAUGUGCCACAUGUCGUGGAGAGUGCUACCAGGUUAAGGAUCUUGAAGAUGCUGUUCAAGAGCUUUGGAGGCGGAGAGAUAAAGCUGAUCGAGAUCUAAUUGCAAGCUUGAGGGCUAAAGCACGACUGCCAACGCAAGAUGAAAUAUUUUCUAUUUCCCCUUACUCGGAUGAUGAAGAAAAUGGCCCUGUCUCAUUAAGAGUGAAUGGGCGUUCCUUAAAGUUAUCUCUCAAAGGGUCUGUUGACAAAUCACCAAAAAAGACCAAGGAAUAUGGGAAACAAUCUUCAAACAAAAAGAAUGUUAAGAAAAAAGGACAUCAGACACCUUUAAUCAGCAAAAAGGAAUCACAUCAGAGUUUUGAAGGCCAUGAUGAUGCCCAACCAUUUGAAUACAGCUUGGGUGAUGACAAGAAUGAGCAGCCCAAUAGAAGUGAUGGACGGGGUGUGUUUUCAUCUCCUGUUGCUGGAAGUUUGAGCCAUACAGAAGGGAUUUGUUCUAUCAAUCAGCCAGGGGUCUUGAAACACAAGUUUGUUGAUGAAAUUGCGGUGAAUAAUGAAGAUAGAACAUCCAGAGUGAUACAAAUAAAAAGCAAUAAGCCUCAUGGUUCGGAUGUUGGAGAGGAUACUGGAAAACAAGCAAGCAAAUCCAAAACCAUGAAGGGAACAAAGUUAGUUAUUCAUCUAGGUGCACGGAAUAGAAAUGUAACCAAUUCUCCAAGGUCUGAUGCUUCAAGCUGUCAAAGAGAACAGGAUUUGACGACCUCCAAUGGUGGUUAUUGUAUACUAGCAGGCAGUGAAGAUACGAGCCAGCAGAGGAUGGGUGAUAAACAUGAUCGCAUUGCCAAAUUUGGUGAUAGUAAAGGAGAUAAAAUUGACUACUCUGGGCAAGCAAAAGGUUCAAAGCAUGGAGGAAGAGAAGGCAAUUUGAUAAAGCUUGGAAAAGUUAGAACAGAACCUUCUGAAAUGAACCCCAAAUUUGGGAGAGGGAAUAAGGAUGAUGGAGUUGAAGCCGUUCCCCCAGAGAACACACGAGUUCUGUUGGGCAAACGAAGCAUUGAAGGAAGCACAAAUGUGGCUGGGGCUGUAACUGAAGUUUCAAGAGGUGAAAAGGUAUUUUCAAGGAAGCAUCCAGAAAGCAGGCUUAAUAUGUAUGGUGAAGGCAAUGAUGAUAACAGUAGCACACCGUCUGUUUCACAUUCUCUGCCCAAAGAUUCCAAACCCUUGCUAAAGCUUAAAUUCAAGAAUCCUUCUUUUGAAAAUCAGAGUUCCUGGGGUCUUCCUGGUGAGGAUGAAAAGAGUGCUGUGAAGGGCCAAAGAUCGAAAAGGAAGAGACCAUCACCCUUUAUGGAGAAAACAUCAUUUAAAGAAGAUGAAGAUGGCUCACAGUUCCAUCAAGAUGAUUCAAUGGAUCAAAUCAUGGAUGCUAAUUGGAUAUUGAAAAAGCUGGGCAAAGAUGCAAUUGGAAAGAGAGUUGAAGUUCAUCAGUCAUCUGAUAAUUCCUGGCAUAAGGGAAUGGUAAUCGACUUCAUUGAGGGCACAUCAACAUUAAUAGUUAAGUUCGAUGAUGGAAGAGCCAAGACCCUGGAGCUUGGGAAACAAGCAAUUCGCUUUAUUUCACAAAAGCAAAAACGAUCAAAAACAUGAAGGCUGGACUCAAUAUGUACAGACCAUUAUUCCAUCAGGAGACUAACUUAAAUUCUACAGACGAGGAGGCAGUUCUCUCCAGCUGGAGGCCCCAGUUAAUCCAAGUUUCAUUUUUGGUUUGCUUGAAUUGCUGCCAAUUCCUCAUUGAAGCAUCGUAGCUUGUUGGGUCUGUUCAGUUGUAUCAACAAGGCAUCCUGUCCAUACUUGAAAGGCAGGCAAAAACCCCCCUCUUUUUUUGUUGGUUUUGUUCUCUCCUUUCCUUAUCGUCGCCUCUCCACAAAUUUGGAACUCCAUAUUUAGGCAUAAACUCUGGCUAAAUAGGAAUGAACAGGCUCAUCACCCUCUCUCCCUCUAGGAUGCCCCAAGGUUUUAGUUCAUUUUGUUUGGGUACUGUAUGCAUAAAAACCCAUUGUAUUAGCAUUUUCUUUCAGAGUAAAAGAAGGUUGAAUUCAUCAAA